GAUCAUGUUAAUUUUGUGGACAUUGUAAAAUUCAAAAUUUUUUUGUUAAGGGGAGGAUAUCGAUUUUCAUUUAUGCCCUCAGACUGGCGGAUCGGGAAGAAGAAGAAGAAGACACUUGCAGGAGCUUGGACGAAGAAAUUGGAGAUUGAGUGCCUGGCGUCUUUAUCAGAAGAUCUUCUGGGUAAGCCGUAUGCAGUUUCAAGUGAUACAUUAUAUAUUUAUGACAACUUUGGCUCUGAACCAGUGCUGCACGCCUACAACAUAAGCAGUUGGAGUUAUCUUGCCAUCAUUUACCUCCACCAAUUCGCUCACUUGGUUGCCGAUCAACUUUGGGCUCUUAUAGUUCCCGUAGCCGAUUUUGAGCUUUGCCUCUUGUGGCACGAGGGAGACCGUGCUUGCCCUGACACCGAGGAUUUGAGGCCCCUGUAUAAUGCCAUGGUUUCAAUCUGCCUUUAUCCUAUGGCACCCACAGCCACUCUGUUGAAGGAAGCCAUAUUGGGCAUCAAUGAAGUUGAGGUUAUCAACUGCCUGCCAUAUGAUUCGGUUUCAGAUGACAACGAUCAUUCGCCCGUGAUGGAAGCAGACGUAUAUGGUGCCUCUAGCAGCAGCAAAAGGAAUGCGCGGGUGAAAGAACAUGCAGCUCUGUUUCAGAAUGUGGACAGUUCGGCAAUGGUGCUGGACUCUUUGUUGCAGAUCAGAAAUACCUUUACCCAGAUCCCCUCCAAUGCCAAACUGCCUCCAAAGAAGAUGAAGGAAUCUAAUAUUUGAUUACUCAGUCUCUCAAGUUUCCUCCCUUGAGCUUUAGAAUGAAUGAAGGGCAAAUAACUUCGGAUAACUUAUGACAGAAACACUUGCCACUGAACACUAUGCUUUAAAUACUAAUGCUUUGUAAAACACUUCUCAAUAAUUUCACUUCUAAACACAGCUCAGUAAUUUCACUUCUAGUCUAAAUCCAAUUCUUCAAGGUUCAAUCUUGUUAAAAAAUCAGGGAAGAUCAAAUGGCUGGUGUUCUUGCAAGAUAAUCAAUUCUGGAGAUUUGU